AUGGAAAUCGCGCCCGAGGGAAAAAACUUUCGAUUGGUAACCGAAGAAGAACUCCCAGCUGUGGCCGAUUUCUUAGUGCAGUAUAUGCCUGAAUCUCUAAAGCCAAAUAGCCAUCCAUACGAGAGCGUGUCGGUGUUCUGUCCCUCAGAGCGCGCGGAACUCGUAGACCUUGUGACCUCCGAGGACGUCCUGAUCGACCUUACCCAACCAUUGUACCUGAACUUCACACACGAGGCGAUCGUGAACCGAUUCGAGAAGCACUAUGAAGCACACGACAAAAUCACCGGAGAUGUAUACGUCUGUGAUAAUCCUCCUACGGAGGCCACCACUGAUGGGUGAGAGUCAACUCUUGGGAGAUUUUUAUUCUUUUAUCUAAAAAUGAUUACUAUUUUUUUUUUGUCUGUCGGUCAGUAAGAUUAUUAAGGUAUAACACCGACUUAUUUCUUUUUUCCGUUAUCAAUAAAUUAGGGCUAUAUAUUGAGCAAAAAUGUCACAUGACGUCACGGUUUUUGCCAUUUUACCUCUACAAAGCUGUGAACUCCGCGGUGAACUCCUUAACUUUAACUUUAAUACUUUAAUUAACUAAUCUAUUGUAAUGUAUCAUCCUGAUUUUGUUUAUUCAUAAUAUUUAAGCUUAUUUCAUAA